GCUCUGGGCGGGUCUGGGCUGCUCCAGUGUUUUAGGGCCCAGGAGCUGUGGGAGGAGCCGGCGGCCUCACCGUGGUAACCGCAGCGCCGCAGCCCCGCCUUGCAGGCCUCCGGACUGUCACCGCCUUGGCUUUGAGGAGACUUUGGCCAGGUCCCCGGAAGUAGUCCCCCCAGACUCUCAGACACCCCCAUCCUCCCCACGCCGCUGCCGCCGCCGCCAUGCAAGGCGAGGACGCCAGAUACCUCAAAAGGAAAGUUAAAGGGGGGAAUAUUGAUGUACAUCCAUCAGAAAAAGCUCUCAUUGUUCAGUAUGAAGUGGAAGCUACCAUUCUUGGAGAAAUGGGGGAUCCCAUGUUGGGAGAACGAAAGGAAUGCCAAAAAAUCAUUCGUCUGAAGAGUCUCAAUGCUAACACAGACAUAACCUCUCUGGCCCGGAAGGUGAUUGAAGAAUGUAAACUCAUUCAUCCUUCAAAGCUAAAUGAGGUAGAACAGCUUUUGUACUAUCUACAAAACCGCCGUGAUUCAUUGUCAGGAAAAGAAAAGAAAGAAAAAUCAAGCAAGCCUAAAGAUCCACCUCCUUUUGAAGGGAUGGAGAUUGACGAGGUGGCCAACAUCAAUGACAUGGACGAGUACAUUGAACUAUUGUAUGAAGAUAUUCCAGACAAGGUUCGGGGUUCUGCCUUGAUCCUGCAGCUGGCUCGAAAUCCCGAUAACUUGGAAGAGCUACUGCUAAACGAAACUGCCCUGGGUGCACUAGCAAGAGUCCUGAGAGAAGACUGGAAACAAAGUGUUGAGUUAGCUACAAACAUCAUUUAUAUCUUCUUUUGCUUUUCUAGCUUUUCUCAUUUUCAUGGACUCAUCACUCAUUAUAAAAUCGGAGCACUGUGUAUGAAUAUCAUUGAUCAUGAGUUAAAAAGACAUGAGCUUUGGCAAGAAGAACUUUCUAAGAAGAAGAAAGCUGUUGAUGAAGACCUUGAAAAUCAAACCUUGAGAAAGGAUUAUGACAAAACCUUUAAAAAGUACCAGGGACUUGUGGUAAAACAAGAACAGCUGUUGAGAGUUGCUCUCUAUUUGCUUCUGAAUCUUGCUGAGGACACACGUACAGAACUGAAGAUGAGGAACAAGAAUAUAGUUCACAUGUUGGUGAAGGCUCUUGAUCGCGACAAUUUUGAGCUACUCAUUCUCGUUGUGUCAUUCUUGAAGAAACUCAGCAUUUUCAUGGAGAAUAAAAAUGACAUGGUAGAAAUGGAUAUUGUUGAAAAGCUGGUAAAAAUGAUACCCUGUGAACAUGAAGAUCUCCUGAAUAUCACCCUCCGGCUUUUAUUAAACCUCUCAUUUGACACAGGCCUGAGGAACAAGAUGGUCCAAGUUGGGCUUCUCCCAAAGCUCACCGCACUCCUUGGGAAUGAAAACUACAAACAAAUAGCAAUGUGCGUGCUUUAUCAUAUAAGCAUGGAUGACCGCUUUAAAUCAAUGUUUGCAUAUACUGACUGCAUACCACAGUUAAUGAAGAUGCUCUUUGAAUGUUCAGAUGAACGAAUUGACUUAGAGUUGAUUUCUUUUUGCAUUAAUCUUGCUGCUAACAAGAGAAAUGUCCAGCUCAUCUGUGAAGGAAAUGGGCUGAAGAUGCUCAUGAAAAGAGCUCUGAAGCUCAAGGAUCCACUGCUGAUGAAGAUGAUCAGAAACAUAUCCCAGCAUGAUGGACCCACUAAGAAUUUGUUCAUUGAUUAUGUUGGGGACCUCGCAGCCCAGAUCUCCAGUGAUGAAGAGGAGGAGUUCGUAAUUGAGUGUUUGGGAACUCUGGCAAAUCUGACAAUCCCAGAUCUAGACUGGGAGCUGGUUCUGAAGGAGUACAAGCUGGUUCCGUUCCUCAAAGAUAAGCUAAAGCCAGGUGCCGCGGAGGACGACCUUGUUCUGGAGGUGGUGAUAAUGAUCGGGACCGUAUCUAUGGACGACUCUUGUGCUGCACUGCUAGCUAAGUCCGGGGUGAUCCCGGCACUCAUUGAACUGCUGAACGCUCAGCAAGAAGAUGAUGAAUUUGUGUGUCAGAUAAUUUAUGUCUUCUACCAGAUGGUUUUCCAUCAGGCCACAAGAGAUGUCAUAAUCAAGGAAACACAAGCUCCAGCAUAUCUCAUAGACCUGAUGCAUGAUAAAAACAAUGAAAUCCGGAAAGUCUGUGAUAACACAUUAGAUAUUAUCGCAGAAUAUGAUGAAGAAUGGGCAAAGAAAAUUCAGAGUGAGAAGUUUCGCUGGCAUAACUCUCAGUGGUUGGAGAUGGUAGAGAGUCGUCAAAUGGAUGAGAGCGAGCAGUACUUGUAUGGUGAUGAUCGGAUUGAGCCAUACAUCCAUGAAGGGGACAUUCUUGAACGACCUGACCUUUUCUAUAGCCCAGAUGGAUUGAUUGCCUCUGAAGGAGCUAUAAGUCCAGAUUUCUUCAAUGAUUUCCACCUCCAGAACGGAGAUGUGGUUGGGCAGCACUCAUUUCCAGGCAGCCUUGGAAUGGAUGGCUUUGGCCAGCCAGUGGGAAUCCUUGGACGUCCUGCUACCGCAUAUGGAUUCCGCCCUGACGAACCUUACUACUACAGCUUUGGGUCUCGAUAAAGUCAGCCCUCCCAUAUGUGCGCUCAGCUUAUGAGACAUCUGUAUACUGUGGGUUAACUUUGAAUCUUGACUUAAUAAUGCAUGUUGUACUCCUGUGGGGCUGUGUUGCUUUUUUCUCCACGUUGUUAUCUUCAGGUUAGCUCUAACUCUCAUGUCUUCUGUUAAAUGCAAUUGAUGCUCCAGUGGCCACUCGUCCAGCCAUAUCUUGAGGUGAAUAAUGUUUACCAUGAGAUUGUUGCAGAACUACUAGCCUGGAAAAAUACACACUACAUUAUGUACAUUAAGUGACUAAUUUCUGUUAAAAAGUGGCAUACAUGCAAAGAAAUGAGCCAAAGGCAUGUUUUCAUAUUUACUAUGUUUCAUAGGAACCACUCAUGUACAUGGGAUACACAUACUUUUUUUUUUUUUGCUUUAUCUUUCUACCUAUAAACUCCUUAAUGUUUCAUGUGAGUUGUGCUACCUUUAAAUUUUAAAUGAACCUCAGCUUUUAUUCCAUGCUAUGUCUGGAAGUUUCUUUCACAAAGUUACUAACUAUCUGAGUUUUUUAACUGAGAGAGAGCAUAUGCUGUAAGUGAUGCUAUCCAUUAGUAUCCUCUACUGUGAGUCAGCUUCAUGCCCUGGUAACUGUAGCAGAAUCCCGGGACAACCUCCGGACGGAGUAGGCACAACACUGGGCUUCUAAGCCUCGCUUUCCUGAAAUGUACAAUAUCAACUGUGAACAAGCUAAUUAUUUUUUGCCUUACCUAAGAAAAUUAAGGAAAGAACUCUUUCUCUCUUUGUUCACUUAAGAUAGAAGUGGGUAGUGGGAACUGGAGAGUGGCACAGUGAUUAAUAAUGAGUUUUGAAAAUAAUUCAUUGAUUUUAAAAUAUUAAAAAUUUUACUUGAGAAACCAAGCAAGUGAAAUAAAUAUAAGCAUAGAUUGUGUUUUUGAUCACUUCCUGCUGAAGGAAACACAAGGCUUCAGAACAACACAGAUAAAAGGUAAGCUUCUGCCUUUAAGUUAGAAUCCAUGACCCAACUAUACUAUUUCCAUAAUCCACAUGCCUAGCACAAAGCGCUAGAGCUCAGAAGGCUCUAGGGACACUUCAGUCCAUCUGCUCAAGAAACCAAACACUUAAAAUUGUAAAUAUAACCAACAUAUAUGUUCUUACCUGAUACAUAUAAGGUAGUGUAUGAUCUGGGAAGUUGUUUAUGUUUGUGAAUUCACAACCUAAUUGAUCGUUCUGAAAGCAUGCAAUUAUUGUCUUUGUUUCCCUUUACCCACAAACUAUUAAAGUCAGAAAGGUUUGAAUCAGUA